UCAUUAUUGUGAUUAUUGUUAUUGUUUUCUGGAGUUAGGAGGACAUAUAUAGUUGGGUUGGGUUAAUAUGUGCUUGCCCUUGACAGUAAUUGGGUUGGGUUAAUAUGUGCUUGCCCUUGACAGUAAUUGGGUUGGGUUAAUUGAGGUGCAAGCAGUGUAAAUGAGAACUAACUCGUCGGUUGCUGCUGUAGGCAUAUGCAUGCACGCAAUGCAUUCCGAGAGAGAGAGAGAGAGAGAGAGAGAGAGAGAGAGAGAGAGAGAGCUACAACGCAGUAGUAUUAUUCUUUGUUUUAUAUAUAGAGGGAGAGGGAGAGGGAGCAAGCGAGCGAGUGCAGAGCUACAGAUUCCUCCAUCCAUCCGUCCAUCAGAAAUUAAUUAAGACUUAACAUCAGAUCAGAUCGGAUCGGAUCAGAUAUGGGACGGGUGGGAGACAACGCCGGCACCCCUUACCACCACCACCGCAAGGACCAAGAUCUCUAUGAACCACCACCACCACCACCACCUGCGCACAAUUUUGAUUCUAACAAGAAGAGCAGACCUGCAGCAACUCAGGACUCUGUUGCUGCGUUUCCUCCGCCUCCAAAUCAUGAUGAGGAUGAUCAUGAGGAUCUUUUUAAGACUCAGGCCUUUCCUCCUCCUCCUCCAGAUCAUAAUAAUAGUAAUCAUUAUAAUCACGGCGGUGCUGUUGUUGUUGAUGAUGAUGAUGAUGAUGAUGACCUCAAUAAGACUCAGGCCUUUCCUCCCCGUCGUCGUCGUCAAGAUCACAUGAUGAUGAGCACCACCACCACCCACCUGCAGCCUGCAGCUCUCCCGCCAAGUACUCGGCCACCUGCUGCAGCCCAAACUAAUAAUAAUUAUAUCGGGAUUCCGGUGGGUCAUCCAUUCACUGCUGCUGCUCCAAAUCCAAUGCUGCAGCAGCCCCCCCUUCAACAAAUCCCCAAUCAACCUUGGAAGACACAUCUCUUUGAUUGCAUGGCCAACCCCCAAAAUGCUCUCAUCACAGUGUUGUUCCCAUGCGUGACAUUCGGGCAGAUUGCAGAGAUCGUGGAUUCCGGCACGACAUCCUGCGGGACGAGCGGGAUGGUGUACGGGGGGGUAGCAUGCUGCUUGGCGGUGCCGUGCGUGGUGUCGUGCGGCUACCGGAGCAAGAUGCGGGCCAAGUUCGGGCUGGCGGAAUCCCCCGCGCCCGACUGCCUCGUGCACUGCUGCUGCGAGUGCUGCGCUCUCUGCCAGGAGUACCGGGAGCUCCACGCCAGGGGCCUCGACCCUUCCAUUGGAUGGGCUGGGAACGUGGCCAGACUGCAGCAGCAGAUUGGCAUGAUGACUCCUCCCAUGCGGCAGAUGAUCGGGUGAUGCAUUCAUUAAUUAGUUAUCUUUAUCUUAUAUUGCUCUCAAAUCUCUAUAUAUCAUAUAUAUAUAUAAUAUAUAUAUCAUAUAUUUGCUCAUAUAUGCUGCUGCAUGCUUAAUUUCCUCAAUAUUUCCAAUCCACUUCCAUCUAUAUAUGUUAUCUAAAUUCUGCUGGUAUGGAGGGCGCUUAUUGAUACUAUAUAAUAUGCUCUAAUAAUUACAAACAUCCAGUACUAUACUAUACUUUUUUUGUUUUUUAGGCUUUGUCCUCCAUUUGUCUACGGCUGGUGACCUUAAUUAAUCAAGGAACAGCAGCCACACACACUUAUAUAUCUAUUCAUAUAUAUAUAUGUCUGCAACAACAUGGUGAAGACUGUAUACUUCCCGAAAAUAAAAGUUAAAAUUAAAAUAAAAAUAGUCGGUG